AUGCGGUUGUCUUCUGAAGCCAAGAUUGCCGAGAGCGGGGGGCAGCCUCCGACCGCUGGGUCGCGGUCGGAAACUGGAUCUGAAUCCACCGAGGCUGAAAGUGCCGAUCCAAAGGCGCAGAAGUGGUACCAGCGCAGCCUCAACCCACUACGCUGGCAAAAAAUCCCCCCCGUACCUGAAGAACGGACGGUGUCGCGUGAAUAUGGGGCCUCGUUCUUCAGUAUCGCGUCCUUUCAAUGGAUGGCCCCGUUAAUGAAGGUCGGCUAUCUACGCCCGCUGGAAUUGCAGGAUAUCUGGACCGUCAACCCAGAUCGAGAGGUCGACGUUUUGACGAAGCGCUUUGAGGUUUCCCUGGAGAAGAGAACAAACGCCGGGGCGAAGCGGCCGCUGCUCUGGGCCUUGUACGACACCUUCCGCUUCGAGUUCCUACUCGGCGGUUUCUGCCAUCUGAUCUCUUCACUGCUGAUCGUCUUCGCUCCGUAUCUGACCCGUUAUCAGAUCGCCUUUGCAACUGAGGCCUAUGUUGCUCAGCGCUCGGGCCAGCCGGCCCCGCGUAUCGGCCGCGGGAUGGGCUUUGUCGUCGGUAUCACCGUCAUGCAGGCCAUCCAGAGUCUGUGCACGAACCAGUUCCUCUAUCGGGGGCAGAUGGUCGGUGGUCAGAUCCGUGCGGUGCUGAUCCUCCAGAUCUUCAAUAAGGCCAUGAAACUCUCGGGUCGGGCCAAGGCCGGUGGCGUUCAGAGCCCAGAGCAGCAGGAAAAGAUCAAGGAGCUUAAAGCGGCCAAGGACCAAGCGCUGAAGAAGCCGGGAUCGCCUCCGGCAGAUGACAAGGGGUGGGGCAACGGUCGCAUCGUGGCCUUGAUGAGUAUCGAUGUGGAUCGCAUCAAUCUGGCCUGCGGCAUGUUUCACAUCUCUUGGACCGCCCCUGUCAGUAUCAUUGUCGCCCUCAUCCUUUUGCUGGUCAAUUUGACUUACAGUGCUCUGGCCGGAUUUGGGCUCUUGGUUAUUGGCAUGCCCUUUCUGACUUAUGCCGUGCGGUUUCUGUUCAAGCGGCGGCGGAACAUUAACAAACUGACCGACCAGCGUGUUUCACUAACGCAGGAAAUCUUGCAAGGCGUACGGUUCGUCAAAUUCUUUGGCUGGGAGAGCAGCUUUCUGGACCGCCUCAAAGAGAUUCGCCACCACGAGAUCCGUUCGAUUCAGACGCUGCUCGCGGUGCGAAAUGGAAUACUGUGCGUGUCAAUGGCGAUCCCUGUCUUUGCGUCCAUGCUGUCCUUUAUCACCUAUGCCUUGUCAAACCACGUUCUGGACCCUGCCCCGAUCUUUUCGUCUUUGGCCCUCUUCAACUCGCUCCGGAUGCCACUCAACCUGCUUCCGCUGGUCCUUGGCCAGAUUACCGACGCCUGGACUGCUCUGAACCGGAUCCAGGAGUUCAUCGUGGCGGAAGAGCAGAAAGAGGACAUUGAGCGCGAUGAGCACAUGCCGGAAGCUGUCAGAAUGGACCGUGCUUCGUUUACCUGGGAGCGCAAGGCUGCGGACAAAGAGGCCGAGAAGGUUGAAAAGAAAGCCAAUCCACGGCGAACAGAGCCAAAGAGUGAAGCCCCCACGGAUUCCGCAGAGAGUGACGAACCUUUUCAGUUACGAGACAUGACCCUGGAUAUCCGCCGGGAUGAGCUCGUAGCGGUUAUUGGCACCGUUGGCUCUGGAAAGAGCUCUCUACUAGCUGCGCUAGCCGGGGAUAUGCGCCUGACUGACGGCAGCGUCCGGUUGAGCACGUCACGAGCGUUCUGUCCCCAAUAUACAUGGAUUCAAAACACGAGUCUCCGCGACAACAUCCUAUUUGGCAAAGACUAUGACGAGAAAUGGUACGAUCAGGUUAUCGAUGCAUGCGCAUUGAAGCCCGAUCUGGAGAUCCUGCCCAACGGCGACGCAACUGAGAUUGGCGAACGGGGAAUCACCAUCUCUGGGGGACAGAAGCAGCGGUUGAAUAUCGCUCGAGCCAUCUACUUCAAUGCCGAGCUUGUUCUCCUCGAUGAUCCCCUGUCUGCCGUCGAUGCCCAUGUCGGGCGGCAUAUCAUGGACAAAGCCAUUUGCGGCUUGCUCAAAGGGCGCUGCCGCAUUCUUGCCACGCAUCAGCUCCAUGUACUCAGCCGGUGCGACCGCAUCGUGGUCAUGGACGACGGCCGCAUACACGCAGUCGGCACAUUCGAUGAACUCUCUCGAGACAACGACCUCUUCAAACAGCUCAUGUCAACGGCUUCGCAAGACUCCAAAGAAGAUGAGGAGGAAGCCACCGAAGUCGUCGAGGAAGAAGCUGAAAAGCAGGCUCAACAGGAACCCACUAAACCGGCAGCAGCUCUAAUGCAACAAGAGGAAAAAGCAACCGAUUCCGUCGGCUGGACUGUAUGGAAAGCCUACAUACGCGCCUCGGGCAGCUACUUCAACGCCCUCGCCAUCCUCUUCCUCCUCGCCUUUGCCAACGUCGUCAAUGUCUGGACAAAUCUCUGGCUCUCCUACUGGACAUCCAACCACUACCCCUCCCUCUCAACUGGUCAGUACAUCGGCAUCUACGCCGGACUCGGUGCGGGCUCCGCCCUAACCAUGUUCAUCUUCUCGACCUACAUGUCGACUGCCGGCACGAAUGCGAGCAGGCAGAUGUUGCAACUUGCCAUGACCCGAGUCCUUCGCGCACCCAUGUCCUUCUUCGACACAACGCCCCUUGGCCGCAUCACCAAUCGCUUUUCUAAAGACAUCGGCGUAAUGGACAACGAGCUCUGCGAUGCGAUGCGAAUGUACGCAAUCACCAUCACAAUGAUCGUCUCCAUCAUGAUUCUCAUCAUCGUCUUCUACCACUACUUCGCCAUUGCUCUGGUCCCACUUUUCCUCCUCUUUUUGACGGCAAGCAAUUACUAUCGCUCGUCUGCGCGCGAAAUGAAACGCCACGAGUCCAUCCUCCGCUCCGCCGUCUACGCCCGCUUCAGCGAAGCCAUCACUGGUACAGCCAGCAUCCGCGCGUAUGGCGUACAGAACCAAUUCCGCUCUUCCCUCCGUGACUCCGUCGACACCAUGAACGGCGCGUACUUCCUAACUUUCUCCAAUCAACGCUGGCUCUCCGUGCGCCUCGACGCUGUCGCUGUCCUCUUGGUCUUCGUAACGGGUGUGCUAGUCGUGACCUCUCGUUUCGACGUGUCUCCUUCCAUCUCCGGAUUAGUGCUAAGCUACAUCCUAGCCAUCGCUCAGAUGCUGCAGUUCACCGUUCGUCAGCUCGCCGAAGUAGAAAACAACAUGAACGCCACCGAACGCGUGCACUACUACGGCACGCAACUGGAAGAAGAAGCACCAGCCCACAUCCCUUCCAACCCAGUCCCAGAAUCAUGGCCGCCACACGGCGAAAUCACAUUUGACAACGUCGCCAUGCGCUACCGCCCCGGUCUCCCCCUAGUCCUCAAAAACCUCUCGAUGAACAUAUCCGGCGGAGAGCGCAUCGGAAUCGUCGGACGAACCGGGGCCGGAAAAUCAAGCAUCAUGUCUGCGCUCUUUCGACUAACUGAGCUGUCAUCAGGCCGGAUUACCAUCGACGGCGUCGAUAUAUCCACUAUUGGACUGCAUGAUCUGCGCUCACGGCUAGCAAUCAUACCGCAGGACCCAACGCUGUUCCGGGGUUCUAUCCGCUCGAAUCUGGAUCCGUUUAAUGAGCACAGCGAUCUUGAGCUGUGGGAUGCCUUACGAAAAGCUCAUUUGAUUGACUCUGACACGAAAGAUUCCGCAGUCGAUGCCUCGAAUCCAAAUGGCAAUGCCAACGCACAGAGACUAACGCUCGACACGGCGGUCGAUGAAGAGGGUCUAACCUUCUCGCUGGGUCAGCGGCAGCUGAUGGCGUUGGCGCGUGCCCUUGUUCGGAACGCAAGGAUCAUCAUUUGCGACGAGGCCACCUCGUCGGUUGAUUUUGCGACAGAUCAGCGGAUCCAGGAGACUAUGGCGCAGGGAUUUGAAGGGAAGACAUUGCUUUGUAUUGCGCAUCGACUGAAGACGAUUAUCCACUAUGAUCGUAUUUGUGUCAUGGAUCAGGGCUCGAUCGCGGAGAUAGAUACACCAUUGAAUCUGUGGGAGAAGGAAGAUGGAAUAUUUAGGGCUAUGUGUGAGCGCAGUGGGAUCUCGAGGGAGGAUAUUGUCGGACAGGUGGAGAAAGAGUGA